AUGGUGUUGAUGAUUCUCGUGAACAUUGGCCAGCUGACGGACAACAUUGUUUCUAAGAGCAUUUACAUUAGCAAGGUGUCACCCGUGAUGAGCUCUAUUUUCUCGAACGGCGACAAUACGCCCUCGGUUCGUGGUCAGAACUCCCCCCUUCUUUCUUAUGACCCUGUCCAGGCGGUCACUGGUGAGGUGGGUGUCAAGUACAACUCUGCUCUCGACCCUAUCCAAAACGACCUGUCGAGUAUCCACACCAAGUCGGUUGCAGGAAUGUACCUGCUCUUUGUUGGUACGAUCCUUAUUGGUGUCGCUUUCCUGAUUACCUGCUUGGUCCACUUCUCUGCCCUUGUGAUUGCCGCCUUCUUUGCUUUCCUGGCAUUUGCUCUUCUUGCCUCGGGCGCGUCGCUUUGGACUUACGUGAUCUACCACGUUCGCGACAUUGUGGGCAAUACGAUCGACUAUCAGUAUGCUAGCCGCAAGCGUUACUACGAGGAGCCCUACUACUAA